AAUAAGUAUAUUACGCAACAAGUGCGUAAUGCAUUUUUUAGCUCGUGGAGGGGUGGUAACACGAGCCGAAGGCGAGUUUGACAAUCUCACGAGUCAAAAAAAACAUAACACACGUGUUUCGUAUACUAUUUUAUGUCAUUGUCACCUACGACAUAAAAAAAAUUGUUCCAUUUUUUAUUUUUUCCGUUGUCUAUAUUCAACAAAUAUAAAUGCAUGCAUGUAUCAAAUACUUUGAGUGUUUUUGUCAUUUUAUGAAUUCUAACAAUUCCAGAUUACAUUGACUUAAAAAGUACUUGCCGAUAACUUAAUACAACCAUACUUCUAUUGAAUUUUUUGAAUGAUUUCACUAUACGACUGCAUUUCUUAUUUCUACAGCUGGCAUUCGUCAGGGUGUUUAGAAGGAUAUAUUCAACCUAUUAGUAACGUGAAUUUUUACAAAAAAACUAAUUUUCUAACUAGCGAUUGCCCCCAGUGAUCAUACCCAAUUUCAAUUUGCUAUCUCAAUUUUUAAUUCAAUUAUUGAGUAUAGUAUUCUGACAAUAUUACCAAUAACGGAAAACCGGCAAUAUUUCACUUAUUUUGUAUGAACGGGUUUGCAUAUUUUCAAUGCUCAAUGUGGUGCCCAUUGAGAAGAGUAUUUUGUGAAAAAACAAAUUGAAAUUCGUUCAGUGUUUCAUGAGAUAUUCAAGGAAGUGAAUCCACACAAAAGGUGUAAUAUCUUGGGAAACGCUUGGCAAAUUGUGCAGUCACAAUAAGCUCCUUCUAUGUUAUGAGAGCUACAAAUGCUUGAAAUUUCAACUCACUAUCUCUAUUUUUUGUUAAUUUAUCGUGUUCACGUUUUUGAUGAUAGAAUUGAAAAACAGCGAUAUCACGAAAUUUUUUCUGAACAAGUCUAGAUAUAUUGAUUGAUAAGGCUCACUGAGACAAGUAUUUUGUAGACAAGAAAAUAGAAAUUCGUCCACUAGGUUUUCAGAUAUUGAGGAAAAACCAAAUUUAAAAAAGUUGUUAUACUUCAGGAAUUACUGCAGCGAUUAUCCUGAAACAGCGCAUCAAAGUAAAGAUUAAUCAGACCUAUCAUACGUGAAAAGCUUUGAUUUUUUUCGACAAAUUUCGUUGUAUUUAUGUCGAAUUUUCUAAAAAUUAAUCUUCAAACGUUCGAAUUUUCCAGGCCAUAUACGCAGACAUGAUAUAAAAAAAUGAUUUUUUCACGUUUCGUAACAUUCUAGACAACUUGCAAUUGUAAUUAGAGAAUUGAAAAACCGGCUCAAUAUAAGGCUUCCAUCCGAAAGCAAAAAAUGUAAAUUAGUGGCAAAAAACGUUGCCACUAAUUAAAUACAUUAAGGAAUGGGCAGUUUCAAACGAUGAUUUCUAUCUUACAUUUAUUACCUCGGUAAACUAUAAAAAAAUUAUUUUUGCUUCCGAAUUAAAGCAUUGCAAUCGUUUGAGUUUUCGAUUUUCUAAUGUUGCCUGGAAAUGAUCUAGAACGGUCCGAAACGUAAAAAUACGAAGUUUGAAGGCCAUGUUUGUAUGUGUAGAUUGUCAACUGCUGGUCAAUUUGUACAAAAGAAAAAGAAUAACAUGAGUAAAUUGAUUCCUAAACUAUAAUAGGUGCUAAUAUGGACUUGAUCUGUACUAGAUUUCAGCCCGAUCGGUUGAGUAGUUUGAGUUUUAGAAAUAUCGGUGAUUGCUUUUGGAAAGUUUCUUUGCAAAUAUUUAAGAAACUAUCCAACCGUUUACAUUUUUUAUUCUUUUGAAAUAUUCGUCUCAAUAUACUCUCCAUGGAUCAGUUCCAUGUUUUUUCGAAGAAAUGCGUAAUUAAACCUCUCCGAUAAAAAAAAAUUAAUCCAUCAACUUGAAAUUUCGCAAAAAGAUUCCUCCUAUCAGUGCAAUGUUUGGUAUUGCAGACGGGCUAGAUCGGAUGAUUCGUUCAGGAGAUAUUCAAAUUUGUAUCUGAAAGGAUUUUCUCAAACGUCUCAAAAACGACUCAAUUGAUUUGGAGUGGUCUCAUUUUUUGAGGCUUGUGAAUUUUCUAUUAAUUUUCAUUAACCACUUAAGGACAGGGCUUUUUGCCACUAAGUUCGCUGCUAUCCCAAUAUCUGAAAAGUUUUACAGUUCAGUAGUUUGCCGAGGCACGAUGUUCUGAGGGUCAACUUUGCUUUUUGUUUUUAAUCAAUCAUGCGGUUGCCACCUCCAACCAUUUUUAUUUAAAAAACUUUCUAAUCCGUAAAAAGUUAUCCAAAUUUCGAAAAUUUCUAUUUUAAGUUUAAAAAGGACAAUCUCAAAUAGAAAGUGACUAUUUUGCAGCCACUUUGUAAUCUAUACACUAUAAAAAUUUCCACAACAACUGUCGAGUAAAUAGACCAAUUGAAAUAAGUAGUUAUUUUCAUGUCUAGCCGUGAAAAACAGACCCCUCCCCACAUACAAGAUUGACAAAUGCAAAAUUCCGAGCUGAUGGCGAGGCCGGCCAGCAUGUGAGGAAAGGUGCAUAUCUUUUCAAAAAUAUAUCGAUAUAACGAGCGGCUCGUCUAUUAUGCGCAAAAAUUUCAAAUUUUGUAUGUAAUCACCAAAUCAUUAAAUUUACUCGCGAGUCUAGUAUUGUAGAUAACAUUUUCAAGCCUGUAAAAGCUGUAACUGUAUUUCAAGCAACAGUCUAUUUAAAUGUUGAAUUUAUAUUUAAUUAGAACGCCAUCGUUUAUGAUGUAGUGAUUAUUUUUAAUACAACAAUAGCUAAUGGAAAAUGACUAGAUAGUAGAGCGGCUAGCCAUUGGUUAGAAAAUAAUCGAAUCUAGUUUGAAGCAAUAUUUUGUUGGCUUUGUGACUUUGAAUUUCUCAAAUAGUGUACUUAUCUCUUAUCGAAAGCUUGGCGGAUAUCGAGUGUCCAUGAGUGGGGGAUAUAUGGUGAAGUUCAUUGUUUGAUUACAAUCAUUACAAUACAGCAUAUUCUGAUAUCGUACAUAAAGAACAGAGACUUAACCUUACUCUUUCAUACUGUGCGAGGCAUACGAGGCAUAACAGUAGUUUAAUAUCCAACCUUAUAUUUUCUUAUCUCAUAAUUUAUAAUCGGCCCAAGCUCACGAGAUUAGAAACCUCUCACAUCUAUUAUCAAUUUUUUUAGCACUGCACUCGCAAAAUUAAUACCCAUCAAAUCUGUCUGGUAGAUUCUCUAAUCAUAAUCGCAAUGCUCCUUUAAUACAACAAGAAAAUAGACGCCUUCAGUGAAUAAUCUCAAAAAGAAGCAUAAAAUAGUUAACAGCCUUUUAUUUAUCAGGCACAGAGUGAAUUCUAAUGUCUUUUGUGAAUGAAGUUGGUCAAUCCAAUUGGGAUACUUUGUGUAAAUUGGCAAGUGCUAAUAGCGAUUUCUUCUCCUCGCAUCAAGAUGAAAGUGGAUUAAGAAUUUGUUCAGCACAUGUUGUAGUACUCGAUAUAAUAAGAGAAUUACGUCCACUGUAUGAAGAAAUUGCAGCAAUUGCUCCCCGAUAUGAUUUUGAUGAAAAUACGCCCGGUAAUGGCUACAGAAGUUUUAUUUAUCUUGUUGACAAAUGUAUUGAACAUUCAGAGAAUACAUGUCAACAAAUCUAUAAUCUCAGGGAAUCUGUGCUGUUCAGAAAAACAAAUUAUAUGAGGGAAAUCGAGGCCUGCUCUCAGCUCAUGGCUUCCUUGAAUACUUUUCUACAUCACCUGAAAACACUUCAUACUUGGAGUGAAUUGGGAAUGGAUAGCAGACCUUCCUUAUUCCCAUCCGAGGAGCACAGCCCUCAGGAAUUAUUGGAUCAAGCUGGAGACAUCGAUCAAUACUCUUUUUACGGGAGGUGUUUAGGUUUUCAAUUUACAAAUAGUAUAAAAUACAUCAUGAAGACAAUACUAGUAUCUAUGGCCUCAUUCAGUGAAAUUUAUUACACAAAUGGAUCAUUUUUUGGUAGAUGUGCCAAUUCAUUGAAAUACGUGAUUGAUCCAGAAGCACGUGCUCGACGAAUUGUAAAUAUAUCACAAAGAGGAGACGUAUAUUUCUGCAAAGCUUUUUGGUAUUUACAUGAUACUCAAUUAUUUCAAUUUGUACCAUUUUUGAUGCUCCCUAAAUUGUCCAUCAACCAAGUUAUUUCGAUACCACCGGAACAACUAUCUCUACCUGCAAUCGAUGGUGGUCCUGAUGUCCAAAUACCCAUUCCAUGCAGUCAUAUUGGAAAAAAGUCCAUUCAUGUAAAACUCUGGAGUUCAAAGCGUAGGAUAGGAAUGGUGGGAUCAGCAAGUGCUGGUGGUGAAUUGCACGGACCAUCUGAUGUACUUUUGUUCCAUUGUCAUGGAGGUGGAUUCGUAGCAGAUAGUCCAAAAGCACACGAAACCUACCUCAGAAAUUGGGCAGUUGCUCUGGAUAUACCAAUAAUCAGUAUUGAUUAUAGUUUAUCUCCAGAAGCCCCAUACCCACGAGCUCUCGAAGAACUAGUAUACACCUAUGCUUGGGCACUACAACAUGCCAAUUCCCUCCUUGGAACUAAUGCCAAAAAAGUAAUACUCAUCGGUGAUUCUGCUGGUGCUAAUUUAAAUUUGGGCUUGACUGCUAAAUGUUUACAGCUGAAUAUUAAAAAACCUGAUGGUAUUUUCAUGAUUUAUUGUCCAGUUCUCGUUGAAUUUGUACCUUCUCCUUCGCGAAUGCUUGGUCUUACUGAUCCAUUAUUACCAUUUGGAUUCAUGAUGCGAUGUUUAAAGGCUUAUGUACUCGGGGACUCUGUGCUAGAUAAGAAGGAUAAGGAGAAUGAAAGUGGAGAAUUCUCAAAAUCAGAUAGUGAAUCAUUUGCUGAAAUUUCCGAGAGUGAUUUAAUUGCCAUUGCUCUCAGUCCCCAUGGAGAUAAGGCUGAUGAAAGUCAAUUGGCUUCAUUACCAUCUGAUUCAACUUUGAAUUCUGUCAGCUUGGCAGAGGCUGAUAACACGCCACGAUUAGAAACCACCAAAAGUGAGGACAAGAGUGAAACCACUUCCCAGGAGUAUAUUCGGAAAUUUUUAGAUCUUUACAAGAACGUUGGAUUAAAGAGAACGGCUACGGCUGAUGACAAAACCAAUAGUUUUGAUAAUUCUGAUGAAAAAGCUACUUCAAGUUUUUUUGGAUUCUCCUUCAGCAAGAAUGGAAACCAAGCCAGAGAGCUCGAUACUGCCUCUGCUAAAAGUCCUACUGAAGAAUUCAUAUUUACUGUUCCAAAAGACCCCUAUUUAAGCCCAUACCGACAUCCUGAUGAAGUACUUAGCCAACUACCACCAUGCAAAAUAGUUACUUCUGAUUUGGAUCCUUGCUUAGACGACUGCGUCAUGUUUGGCAGGAAAUUGAAAGCCCUUGGAAACUCGGUUUCAAUAGAUAUUCUCCACGGCCUACCACAUGGUUUUUUGAAUCUAGCUGUGGUUUCUAAAGAGGCAGCUGAGGCAUCCGAGCUCUGCAUAAGAAAAAUCAAGGAAUUGGUGGAUAUGUAACUGAACGUAAUUGAAAAUAUUUCCGUCUGUCUUUCGGCUAAAGAAUAUCUUAUUCAAUAUAUAUUGCCAAAAAGUGAGAAGAAAAUCAGAACACUGAAAUGGAGUAGGUGUUGCAUUUAUUGUAGUUAAAUAUGAUUAAAAACGGGGUGGAAUGCAGAACAUCGAUUUCUUUAUAUAUUCAAAUGUAAUUUUCCUUUCUUCGACUGUGUUAUAUUUCUCCUAAUUCUCGAAGCGUCUAGUUAAGGGACGAAAUCGUAAUUAAUUUCUUCAAUUAUCAAUAAUCCAUGGAGGAAUAUAAAGGCGAUAUAGAUAUAACUACGAGAAGAAGUUUUUCAAGGAACAUUAUAAAAAAGCAUGUGUGAUCUUAUGUUCCAUUUCACCCCUAUUAUUUUCAUCAAUUUUUUCGGAUCGAAAAGACAUCUUGUUUUAAAUGGUGGGAGGUCGAGUUCUUAAAACGCCAUAGAUUCCUUAAUCUAGCCAAAAAAGCCGAAAUUGCUAUUGAAUGCAUAAUCUAUGAGUUUUAUGUUUAUAAUAAUCGAUUUGCUUUGCGAUGUUUAAUGAGAAUUGUCCGUAUUUCUCACUCCCUCCACUGAGUUUUAUAAAUUGAGCUCGCGAGGCCUCAGAAAAUUAUAGUCUGUAUGAUAUUUAAAUUUACUUUUAAAAUCCAUGGUAUCUUACGUAAUAUAUAUUUGAAGAAUUCGAAUUUCUGCAUUUGGGACAGUGGAUUUCGAUCGGGUGCACUAACGCUGGCGUGAAGCACUCUCAAUUAGGAAUUUCAUCAUAUAGACUAUGAUUUGUUCAGAACACACAGAUGUUUUAAUGGCACCGAAAGACAUUGAUUUAUUGAGCCUACAGAAUGGUGGAUACAAAUUAUUUUUUUUGUUGCUUGCAACGAAUUUAUGAAUAAUAUUUUUUAUACCCGAUGUUAGUGAUCACCAGA